GAGAGAGAGAGAGAGAGAGAGAGAGAGCAGCUAUUAAUGACCUGUACCGAGAUCUUCGCAGGAAAUCGGGUGACAACGCAUUUCUCGGGCAAGCAAAGCGGGGGAUGAAAUCACCCCGGAAGUUUCCACCUUACGGAGAGCCGAGACAGAGGGGAAGGAGGCAGAAAACAAGGACUGAUCCCACCACGAUCGCACUUUUAAGCGUUCAGUGGGGUGAGCAGAUGCGUGGGAUGGAGUUCAUGCCUGGGGAAAGUUGCAGAGUCGCGGUUGGAGGAGUUCAAUUUUGAGAACCAACGUAGCGGGCAGACGGCGAACACAAACAAGCUGCCUCCUCUACAUUUUCGCUCGCGGAGUGCACCAAGGGGACAUGAAAAAUAUGGACGAGAGGGAAACAGCUCACAAGGUUCCACCUUACUCUUCUGAAACUAGAUCCAGAGGUGGGUCCACAACAGAUCUGCUGAAGGCGGUUUCCGACUCAAUGGGACUUUACAUGGAUAACCUCCUUCCUCAGGCUGAGCUGACGACAGCUUUGGAUCGGAAAGUUGAGAGUGACUCGGAGAAGAGCGUUAUGUCUCCCAAACAUCUUGACGGCAUGGUCUUAUCGUCAGCAUCCAAUCUUAGUGAGACGGCAGAGCCGUCUACUUGGACCAACUGCGAUUUAGGCUUGAGUGAACAUACUUCUGAGGGGAUCAGAGCAGGGAAACAGCCCGGCGCCUCCAUCCCCGUGAGUAGCUGGUCGCUUAUCAACGCAGACAGGGAUAACCCUACAGAUCUCAAACUGCUCAAAGAGUGUCCCGGGGAAAACCCAAGUUCGAUAGCCCAAGUCGGUGUCCCUGCCACUCUGCAGUCAAUGAAAUCAGAAAUCUGCCUCGAGAGAGAGGAGGGCUGUCACUCAAGCCCCCGAGGGCAAAUGUCACCCGUGAAUAUUUUACGUUUCCCCUUCCUGCCCCUCAAUCCGAUCUAUCUCGCAGCUCGUACUCACCAACUUCUCACCAUGGACGACUGCGACCACGCUCCGUACAUCCCGGACAUUUCCAGCUCGUACGGCUAUGCUGACUGUGGCAGCUCCCCCAAUUCGAAGGGGGAAAGGAACCUGCAACCCGAAUCGCAGCCGCCAAUGAACAUGAACCAGGAAGCCAGCAACACGUUUGGUUACAUGCCCUCUGGUUAUUCCCCAUAUAGCGACUAUUCAAUUUCCCCUCAGCAGCAAAGACCCAUCAUGAGAGGCGAAACUGUUGAAGAUGCUGUAAUGUUUAAGACUGAACCUAUAGAUUCCUAUGGUUUCUCACACCACGAGACAGGACUCAAUUGCAGCUUCUUGGGUCAAGAUGACACCAUGCCGUCUACUUCUUCAGCUCCCGUGACUUGGUACCAACCCAUUACAUACCUGGGUUAUCAAGGUGGAACUAAAACUAUAGCAGACAAUUAUUCGCAGAACUACACUCAGUAUCCUGGUUUGAUCAGGCCAGAGAAUGGACGAGGCCAUGUCUCUCAUUUUGCCCCGGGACUCAGUCUGCAGAAACUCUGUCUGAUCUGUGGUGAUGAAGCGUCAGGUUGCCAUUAUGGAGUCCUUACAUGUGGAAGUUGUAAGGUUUUCUUCAAAAGGGCUGUUGAAGGGCAACAUAAAUACUUAUGUGCAGGAAGAAAUGACUGCAUCAUUGACAAAAUCCGCAGAAAGAACUGUCCAGCCUGCCGACUCAGAAAGUGUUAUCAAGCUGGAAUGGUGUUGGGAGCCCGAAAGCUAAGGAAAUUCAGUAAAUUAAAGAACAUCGGCAACAACCAGUCUUCUCUGCAGACCGAAAUGACACUUGCCAGUGUCAAUGCCAUCGCAUUACCAAAGAUCACAUUACAUUCCGCUGGAGGAGUCCAGUUCACACCGUCACUCGUUUCCAUUUUGCAGAUAAUUGAACCUGAAGUUGUUUAUGCAGGCUAUGAUAACAGUCAGCCGGAAUCAGCUAACCAUCUGCUAACCAGCCUGAAUAGGCUUUGCGAAAGGCAGCUUGUAGCUGUUGUUAAAUGGGCCAAAUCUGUACCAGGAUUUCGGAAUUUGCAUAUAGAUGACCAAAUGACCCUUAUUCAGUACUCAUGGAUGGGUUUGAUGGUAUUUGCAAUGGGAUGGCGGUCAUAUAAGCACGUCAAAGGAAAAAUGCUGUACUUUGCUCCAGAUCUGAUUUUUAAUGAGCAAAGAAUGCAGAAGUCGGCAAUGUAUGAUCUGUGUAUAGCAAUGUGUCAAAUCUCGCAAGAAUUUAUCCAUCUUCAAGUGACUCAUGAGGAAUUCUUAUGCAUGAAAACCUUAAUUCUCUUUAAUACAAUUCCUUUGGAAGGCCUCAAGAGCCAGUCGUACUUUGAAGAGAUGCGGAGAGACUACAUUAAGGAGCUGAGUAGAGCCAUUGACUUGCAGGAGAAAGGUGCACAGAGCAGUUCUCAGCGUCUUUACCAGCUCACAAAACUCAUGGACUCUAUGCAUGAACUUGUCAAGAGGCUGCAUCAGUUCUGCUUGAAUACAUUUGUUCAGUCCCAGGCGCUGAGUGUGGAGUUUCCAGAGAUGAUGUCAGAGAUUAUAACGACACAGAUACCCAAGAUUCUGGCUGGGCUGGUGAAGCCACUGCUCUUCCACAAGAAAUGAGGAACACUCGCUUUCUCUUUGCUGCAUCAGACUGCUUUGAUUCAUGGGCAGGAUUUUUUUUGCAUUAUGCAAGCUUUAUUCUAUUUUUGUGACCAUGACAGUACUGCAAAUGAAAAUUGUUUUCAAAUUUAUUACAAAAGAUUUAGCAAUGAUGUUUGGCAUCAGUUUUUGUGGAAGUACAUUGUCAUAGCUGCACUAUGUGUUUUAUAAGCAAUGAAAUGUGAAUUUAGUCCUGUUGUUUAUUGUGGAAUUUUCAGAUCAAAAAGAUUUUGUAUCUUUUGGUACUUUCUAACAUUUUGUAACAUUCGAGUUAUGUAAAGUUUCUGCAUCUUCUAUAAUGUUAAAUGGAAAUGCUUUAUUCUUCGGUUUGAAAGCUGCAUCACCCCCAAAAUUUCUUCAUUCAUCAUAUUUCAUGUGCAUAAAUAGUACCUAAUUUCAAAUGGGUCUUCCUUUAUUAUUUCCAAUCACAAAACCGUGGCUAUUAUGUUCUUUUUCUUCUGCCACAGCCAUCAACUGUUUUGAGUGCUGUUUCACUGCAGGAGAAGGAAAACAGCGCCUAAGUGGCUGUGUACUCAAGGCUUUUCUUUAUUGAAAGAUAUUCAGUCUUCAUGUAGUUUGGAAACUUUUAGAUCAGCCUGGGCUCCUUGGGAUGAAGUUACAAUUUGCCCAUAAGAAUUUUGUUUCCAUUCAUGCUAAAUAGUAACAUGGAAAAUCACAGCAUUAUUAAGGGAAGACAAGUAACAGAGAUUGCCUCAACCAAGAUCUAACUCUGUGCAUAAUAGGAACUACUGAAUGGAUUGAUAUUGAUGGCCAGGUUUGUAUAUCCCAGAGCUUUUCUGGGCCUCUAUAACUUAAUGUGGUGGCACUGUGCUCUCCUUUCUCAGAGAAUAACCAUGGAAGUCUCUCUCUUAAGCAAGAUGAAGGUUCAGUACAUGCAUUUAAAGAAACCAAAAAUCUGGAUAAUGUACUUACAAUGCACUGAGAUUCUCACCUGCCACAUACGUUACCAGGGAAAUGUAUUCUGCAAGCCAGGAAAUCAGUACUUUUACAGGUAUAGAUUUCCAUUUUGGUUUCAGGAUCAAGGAAGCAUGUAUUGCAUGCCAACCCCCCCCCCCCAGGUUCUGAUUAAUAAGACAUUUAAAUUUUUAUUGUCAUUUCACAGAUAUGUGACGUUGCUGACCACAGAAUGACAGUGUAAUUGUGACCAUGCAUUCAUGUUUAGAUAUAGGACGGCAAUGUAAAGAGAUAUGUGCUAUUGUCUAAUUGUCUACCAAAGAAUUGACUGCCUAGAGUAAGAUUUUCUCCAUUGGGAUGCAAUCGGUCUGUGCAUGAACCUAGGUUACAUUCCAUUGUCAGGAAGCAGGGUGCCACUACAUCAAGUGACAACAGGCACCAAAUCCAGUGUCUAGUGUUCUGGCAUGAAAUGCUCAGUGCGGGUUUUAAUUUCUGUUUGAUUCAGAGAUGAUAGUGGAUCAAUAUUCUGUUAAUAUAGAAGGUAGGACCUAUCCAAAUAAGUAGCUUAAUUUCUGUUAAAUUUACACAUGACCUGUGGAUCAGCGUUUCAUUAACGUAAAUGACUCAGGAACAAGAUCAUUGGUCAACCAGUUAAUAAUGUUUCAUAAACUGAAUUUUCUAUCCUGGCCAAGUUUUUUUCCAGGAUCUAAAUUUAGAGAAUUAAAAGUAAUAUUUUGUUCUUUCAAUCUUUAAAACCAGAUAUAAACUACCACAUAGCUUUAAACACAAAAUGAGUGUUUCAAAAUGCUGUUAAAUCAGACAACUUUCCUCAGCUUUAUUUUUUAUUUCUCCAGACAUCUGCCUUCUGUAUAACAUAGACCCUUCAAGCAUUUUAGAGAAUCACUUGCUGUAUUUCCAGCAAGUUCAAAAAAUAGGUUGCUGUUUGUCAGCAAGGUGUAAGAACACGGAUAACAUUUAGCUGUGUACAAUGUUAACCAUAUGAGAAUAAAUAUUCCCCUUCUUCUCGAGGCUGUAUGUUCCUGAAAGUAACAAUACACACAUUGAAUCAAAUCCUCAGUCUGCUUCUUUUACUCACAUUGAAUGUGAGAUCCCUAUAGCAAUGUCUAGCCUGGACACUUUGUUGUCUUCCUUAAAACUCAUAAAAAGAACCCAGGUUAUAAGACUAAGUUUAAUAAGGUUGUGGCAUUACUUAUAUAUUAAAGUUUCAAGAAAAUAUCAAGGAGCUUUUUUUUGAAAUCACACAAAAAAAAAUUUCCUUCUGGCUAAGAUCCUUUUAAGUUUCACUCUUUAAUCAAAAAGUGUAGUACAAAGAAUAAAAAUGUAGUACAACAAAGAUGUUUUCAUAUUUACAGAACAAUACUGUUUCUGAACUGUAAUAACUUUGAACAGGAAAUGCUAUUUCCCAGAACCUCCUCUGCUAAGUUGCUUCACCAUAGCUGGAGAGGCAAUAGGAUUGUUACAUUACCAACUCCUCUUCCAAACUAGUUAAAUGAAACCAGAGCGAAUGGCUGUUCUGCAUUUUUUUCUUCUGCAUUUGGUGAGUACAAGAUUAGUUUUGACCGUAAUGACUUUUAGUCUAACCAUUCCCACAUCUCACAUCUUUGUUAAGGUCAAAUAAUUGCUUUUAUAGCUCAGGAAUGACCAUUUGAGCAUAUACCACAUUGAUUCCAGUGCCUGAAGAACUGUAUUCUAGCUUGGAGUCACUGCCAGUAAGAAAUGAAGGUUGAUGCUAAUCAAAGGAAAUUGGGAAUUAAAGUGAUACUUUAAACAUGUUUGAACUUAUUAUUAAGGUUUAUAACCCACUUUCUGAAGUUCUGCAUAUAUGGCAACAGUUUUGCAACUUCUGCAUUAGGUUGCACAUCAGAAGAUGUGAAUCUCUGCAUUUAAGAUAUUAAAGUGCAUUGUUUCUUUUGGAAAGAGGUGGGAUUUCAGUACACAAUCUCAUUGUGAGAAGUGUUUUUAAAAUCUCUGAGCCUUGUAACCUUAAUAGUGAUAUUUUAAUUCUGUGAAUUUCUAAGCUGAAAAACUCUUACAGAACUGGACCAGACAUCAUCAUCACAAAUAUCUUUCUUUUUCUUUGUGCAGGAAAAAUGUAUCUUCCAUUUUUCAAAAAUGUGGAUGUGGACUUUUAACAUUUCUCAUAUUUGAUGAAGAGAUGUUAAAGUAUUCAUUAGGCAAACAAAACUGCAACCACUUAAAAAUUAUUCAUAGUGAAAUUCUGUGUUUUAAGUAAGUGUCACCUUGCCAUCUAAUCAUGUUAUUUUCUCACAUGUAUCAUCUAUUGACCCAGGACUGCUACUGAAUUCAUAAUACAUUGGAAGAGGGUGCAGAUUUUGUCUUUCACUUUGGCUUAUUGAAUCAGAGUCUUUGUGUUGAAUUAACUCAGUCUGAUUUGGCAUCUGGCUUUAUAUUUAUGCUUCUUAAGAAAAACAUAAAUAUAACUUCAAACUUCAGAGAUAUGUAGGUUGGCAGAACUGUGAUCAAUGCAACUCUUAAAAGAGAUGUCUUCCUUCAUUCACGCAAAGUACCCACGGCGGGUGCAGUUAAACAAAAAGAUUAUUUUCCCGUUGGCUUAGUAAGAAAUAUUAUUCACCUAAAAUUACUAUCCCAUGCCCCCACAGUAUGUCAUUAAUCUAUGACUUCCCUUGGGCCAACCCAAUAGGAAUUCAGGAUUUAGUACAAUCUAAUCAGUUCUUGUUCCAAGUGUUCAGAAUUUUUGAUGUUCAUACUGUUUCUUCUAUUAAGUCUUAAUCUUCUUUCCCAGAUUCUGAUAUUUGAGUGUAUUAAUGCACUUUCAAGUCUAUCUAAAUGUCUCUUGUAAUAGCAUUUAGGAUUUGUAAUCCCUGGUUUAGCAUGCCGGAAGAGUUUGAUUUUCAAGCCUAUUUUUUUUCAGACUAAAGGGGAAUAAUCUCACUGCCAAACUCGGUGUUGAGAUUCUUCCUGCAGCUAAUGAUUGGGAACCUCAGAGGGGCCAAUGUCUCUUUUUAAUAUCAGACAUAAGAAAUUUCCUUAAGGAAUGAAAAUGCCUCAUGUUUUCUUAAUUGAUUAAUCUUUAUUAGUAACUAUGUGGUGAGUAACUUCUUACCCAUAAUGUUGAACUUAAUGGGGCCCUGAAAAUUGUCAACUGAGUCUCAGCAAAUCAAGUUCUUGUGUCCUUGAUUAACUUAUGAUCAUGCCUAGCAUAUUGAGGGAUUUGUAUAUCACAUAGCAGUGUUUUUAUUCUGUCAUUAUUUCCUAAAUGUUGGUAACUUUAAAGUCUUUAAUUCAAUUUAAAUGGUGCAAUAAAGAUUGUGUAUGCUAUUAGUUUUCCUAUUGAAAUGUAUGUCAAUAGUUUACUGGUAUUGCCAGUGAAUUCAUGCUGAAACUUGGUUAACAGACUUCACAGCAUAGCAGUUGAAUAAUUUGAGAGUAUUAUUGCUUUUUUAUUUAUUUAGUGAAAUAUUUUUAAAUUACUGUACAGUACUGAGCAAAAGUCUUAGGCACACACAUAUAUAUAGCUCGGAUGCCUAAGACAUUUGCACAGUACUGUAAAUAGCAAUGAGUUUUCCUCCUUGAUGAACUCGAUGCCUUUUAUGCUUGCUAUUGGUGUGUUCUGGAGUUAUGCAAAUAUAGCAGAUAUUAAUUCAAGCAAGAACCAGUCUUCAGUUCUUAAUGUAAAUUGUAAAUUGCAAGCAAUACAUUGAUGUUACAGUACCAUUCAAAAGUCUUAGGCACCCAAGUUGUAUAUAUGUCCCUAAUACCUUUGUGCAGUACUAUAUAAGCAAAAGAUUGGUGUCAAAUUAAAGAAGCAUUUUUGAUCUAAAUGAUUUGAAAUGUUAAAGAUUCCAUCAUGUCAAUCGACUCCCUGUCUGCAUUUGUUCAUGUGCCAUGUUUCAUUAGCUGUUCCUGGGCGGGCUGGAUUGGAUGGCAAUGGAAGCAUUACAUUUUGGAGAAAUAAAUAAACUGAAUGAAGGAAAUUAUGGGAUUCAUGCAGCUUUACAUUAAUAUGCCAUUAUAAAUACUCUUAUGAUUAAUGUAGCAGGAAAUGUAUGAAUGUGUAAAUGGUUGAUUAUUGCUUCUGUUCUUCUUGUCUUAAUUAUGGAAACAAAAGAAAAUAAUAUCUACUGAUUAUUACUGUCUCCUCUGCCCUGCAAUCAUUUUCUACACAAUUAGCAAAAAUAUUGAAUGCAUUUGGCAAAUCCCCUUUACACCAGCACUUUCCAAAUUACUGUUUAAUAAUGCACACUUUUGAUCAAAAUUACCACUCUGGUGAACAACAUGAUAACAAGAUUAAUGGAACAUCAAUAACAGGACUGAAUACUAACUCCAACCUUAUCCAAUAACAUCAAAAUAGUUCAAUGGUAUCUUAAUAGCUAUAAUUGUGGAAAAUGAUUGGAACAUAUUAGUGGUAAUGUAUGACAAAUGAACUAAGAAACUGUUGAUGACAUUUUCAAAUUUACCUCACCUCUUGAAACAAACAUUUUCAGAAGUCUUAAUGAACCAUGGCAACAAUGCUUUCAUGAACUAAACCUUGGGAUUUACUUGUAACAAUGAAUAUCAAAUUUUCAUGCAAACAAAUAUAAUUAUUCAUUAUUGGACACAUUUUUGUUUCAUUUAUAAGCUUUGUUCGUAGUGAUUUUUAAAAAUGUAAUCCCUUUUUCCAAUUAGAAACUAGCUAUUAAAGAAAUUAAUAUUUUUAAAGCAGAUUAUAAACAAAUCUUUGUUGAAUCAAUAAUUUUUGAUUCAAUUACCAACAGGCAACCUACAAGAAAGAUUGUGAUUUUCCAUUCAUUGAUUUAACAAAUUUAUCAUGUGUCAUCUCAAUCACUUCAUAAAAAGAAAUGAGGCUAACUGCAUCUAAACCAACAGAACCUUCAAAAUUAAAACUGACAAAUUAGAGCAAAUUAAAAAUAAUAAAACAAAACAUAAGAUGACAAAAAUAUUUCUGUACAUUUGAGUGCAUCAACCAACAUUAAAUUAUUUUUAGUUUGAAUUAAGUUUCAGAGGUUACCUAUAAUAGUUGAUGGACUGAAAGAAAUUAUAAUUUAGCUUGGUCAUUCAUAAAGCAAAAAAGCACUUCCAACUGAUUGAAGUACUGUAUUUAGCAUUAGAAGUUAGAGAGGAAAAUAAUUCUAUUGAAGGCAAGGGAACGAUAUUUCCUUUACAUAUUAGCAGUAGCAAAGGAAUCAGCCCUUUGUGAAAUAUUUUCUCCACUCAUCGUAAUAGGAAACUAUAUCUAGUUGGCAGGGCAUGUUGUUUCCAGCACAAUCAACUAUAAACCUGGAUCUGAAUUGAACUGAAUUUGAAGUAUCCCAAGAGUUCAGAAUUCUUCAGCAAAAUAUAUAUUUAAAAAAUUGAAAUUUAGCAUCAAAACAGAAAGCUCACACUGGGUAUUUCAUUUCUAACAAAUUUCUCUGUCCUAACUCUGCAAAAUAUUUUACAAGUGGAUGAAGGUGACUUGAAGUCUGUAAUCAUUCCUUUUUGUGUUUCAGUAUUUUAAAUGCCUGUAUUUGUAACCCAAUUUAUUUGGUGCAAAGCUCAUUUACAUGAUCUAAAUUUAUAAUUUAGAAAAUGUUUCUGUCAGAGUUACCCAAAAUUCCUAUGAGGACAGGAGCAUGAUCGUCUACUUAAAAAAUAUUCAUAAACAAAUCUUUGUAUGAUUGGUAACAACUUCCAAAAGCCAAGGUAGUGACAGGGAAGUAUGAAUAUUUUGGGACCUUGGAGGGAAAAGAAUAAAGCUGAAGUGGUUCCUACAGUAAGGUAAAAGCUGAUGAUUGUUAAAUCCCAUAUCAGUAAAAGGGUCUAUAUUGCAAUUAAAAUUAACCUUAAAUUCUGUUUUACACCAUUUGUGCAUUUUGUGAACAUUUAUCAAACCUGAAGAAAUUAAAGAACAUUAUUAACAAAAUGGGGAAGAAAUUAGUUUUGGGUGCCUGUCCUGAGCAUGCAUGGGAAUGUGAUCUGCCAGUUAUAUUCACCUCUGGCACACCCAGUUCUGCAGAACUGAGUAUGUUUAGGUAAGGGCAACUGGUUGACAUUCUCAUGAAUAUGUUUAGUUCUGGUGACCAAAGGUAAGUUCUCCCCCCUUUUUCCUCUCUUUGGAAAGUAAUGGUAACCAUCACUAAAGUACCUUAGUAUCCAUGUAUUUGAAAAUUUCAUCCGUGUGCAAAAAUGUAUGAUACUUUGCCUCAUUUCUGGUAGAAAAGGAGUGUACUUUUAAUUAAUAGUUGACUCAAAGCAUAUUCUAUUCAAAUGGAGCAAAUGAAUUUUAUUGAGUUGGACAUAUUCCAGAUAUUAUAAUUGAAACUGCAUUAUCUGUUUAAUACUUCCUUGUUCUGCAAAGUACAGGGAGUUGCAAAGAAAAUAGUGCAUUUCCGAACAUUGUUUACCUUCAUCUUGGUGAACACACAUGUUAGUAAUUUGAUGGAUGUCAUUUCAACCACCGACAAGGCAUAACUGAUUGUCAUUCCAAUAUAAUCAAGUGCACAUAUUACAAAGCAUGGUUAAUAUGUAUUAUAAAUAAUUCAGAUUUGUUGUCAAAUCUGCAUUUGCAUUUUCCACCCAGACAUACAUUUGACUUCAUUAGUGGUAUUUUGUUGUGGACUGUAACUCAAAUUCAUGCUGUUGUAGCUCAUUUAGAAAUUCACCAAAUGUCUUUUGCUAGAAAUUGCCUUUUCAUGAGUAGCGGUCCGCUCCUAUCCAGCCAACACUUCCAGCAAGCUGCAUGACGCAGUAUUCAAUAUUAUGGAAGCAUUUGUCUUCAUCAACAAUUUCUUUGUGCUUUAAUCUGAUACUUUCUGACAACACUGAAAUGUUCUAAUUGUUGAUUUUUGCACAUACCUGUCAGUUGUAGCUGCUUUGUAUAGAGCAACAGCAUGGCUGCUUGCUAAUGUAAAAUUGGCAGGAUUUAAAUUCUAAAGUCUUUGUUUAGUGCUUGCCUGGCUCUGAAAUGAAAACCAGAGGUCAAAAAGUAAAAGAGAACUUUGUGGGUGUGUUUAUUCUGUCAGUCUCGACAUUAUCACAAUGGAACAGUUAUAUUGUCACCUUCACUUCAUAAUUUUACCGGAGUUCAAAGGAAAUGACAAAAUUAUUAUUUGUGUGUGCGCGCGCUGGGGUGGAGAUCCAUAUUUCUAUUUACUGCACCCCAAGAUAAAAUGCUUAUUUUGGAAUUCAAGGCUUAUCUUAAUAUUUUAU